AUUUUUUUUUAAAAUUAAAAAAAUUAAUUGCUAAUUAAAGGUAGUAUUUUGUAAAUACAGUAUACAGUCAUCGACAUAUCCAACUACUACUACUACUACUACACCAACAAUGGAUAACAACCCGUUUUUUACGUUUCAAUGCAAAAAGUGGACACUAUUUUCGUUUUGUUUGCUAAAUUUUAUAAGUACCCUGAUCAUUGUUAUUAUUAUGUGUGUAGCAUUUAGCCAAAUAACAAGUAUAGCUAAUGACGAUACAGCCGAUAAAGUUGGGAAAGUGGCUAUCGGUAUAACAGCCGGUAUCGGAUCCAUAAAUAUGUUAAUCAAUUUGAUGGGACUGAUGGGUGCCCUAAAGGAACACUACUGUAUGACACUGGGCUAUGCCAUCACAAUGACUGUCCUAACCGUACUGAUGAUAGUCGUAGUGUUUGUGGCCACAGCACCGGCCUUUUGGUUUACGUUUGUAUUGAAUAUAUUCAUCGUAUGUCUGGCCUAUUUGUAUGCCCGCGAUCUACGAUCAAUGCAAUUCCCGGGACCUCAGACUACGGUUAUUAUGACCACUAGCGGACAGCCGGCAACAUUUGUCGUACCCCAACACCAACAAACUAACGUUUCCUAUACGGCCAACAAUCAAGCACCGGGUGGUGGUGGUGGUGGUGGUGGCCAACAAACUCAAUGGAAAUAAUUUAUAGUAUUUUUUUAAAAAUAACAAUUAAUGUUUAAUUUAUUUUAUUAUUUUUUAUUGGAUUU